AUGUCACACCCCUGGUGUCCCCGGUGUCCCGUUCUCAGUGUCCCCAAUGUCACACCCCUGGUGUCCCCGUCUGGGGACAGUUUGGCCCCGGGUGACCCGGGGUGGCUCCGCUGUGCCCAGAAGCGCCGCGUGGCCGAGCUGCUGGCGAGCGCCAUCCCCGAGGACGAGGCGCUGCUGCUGCGCGACGGCAGGCUGGCGUGCUCGCUGUGUCCCCAGCGGCCCGUGUGUGACACUCUGCAGACGCUGCUGCUGCACAGGGCGGGCAGGAAGCACCUGGACACCCUGCAGCGUUCCUACGGGCGGCCCCGCUGUCCCCAGGUGACCCCGCAGGUGACCCCGCAGGGGGUGUCCCCAGCUGUGCAGGCGCCCCUGCUGGCCCGAACGCGCCGCCUGGCGCGCAGCGCGCUGCUGCCAUCGGCCCCGUACAGCUCCUGCUGCAGGAAACCCGCGACAAAGAGCUCCAGGAUCCCUGGGAUGAUCCCAAAAAAUUCCCAAACGCCGCCGGAGCCGCCCCGGAAUUCCGGGAAUCCCGAAAUCGCCGCACACAGAGAGGGGGUUCCCAAGGAAAGGAGAGCGGGAAGGAAAGGGAGUUCCCGGAAUUCUGAGGGAUCCAAAGGGAAUUCCCGGAAUUCCGAAGGGCCGAGCGCGGAGCGGCUGCGAAUCCUUCGGCACCACCUGCACCUGCGCAGCCAGGGCUGGCUCCAGGACGCUGCUGGGAAUUGGCUCAAGGACGAAAACGCCGAGUUCGACUCCGACGAGGAGGAGCCGCCCCCUCUGCCACCCCCCUGACGUCCCCAAAUGUCCCCAAGUGUCCCCAAGUGUCCC